AUCCAAAUCCUUGCCAAAAGUUUCCUGACCUCUCGUCCAUUGGAAACAUCCUCCUCCACUUCUGAUCAAUCACUUCAUCAUCUCUCUGUCUCGCUCUGGUCGAUCACUCUAAAAGGAAAGCUGAAUAUCAACGGCGGCCAACAACAUUCAGAGAUAUUGAUUACUAGCUAGGUGAAACAAUGUCAGGCACGGAGGAGGUCAAAGAGCAUUCAGAUGAAGCUGUUAGCACUGAAAACCCCACAGCAUCAGCCCAGCAGGAAGAAGAAGCUGUUAUUAAGAAAAAGUAUGGAGGAAUAGUGCCCAAGAAACCACCAUUGAUUUCAAAGGACCAUGAACGUGCAUAUUUUGAUUCUGCUGAUUGGGCUCUUGGAAAGCAAGGUGCAGGGAAGCCCAAAGGUCCAUUGGAAGCACUUCGACCAAAGUUGCAGCCAACACAGCAGCAAACACGAUAUCGGAAAUCCCCUUGUGCCCCAGCAGGAGGUGAAGAUGGAAGCAACCCGCCAUCAUCGGAUGAUGCAACUCCGAAUGAAUGAGAAACGAAUGCCACCUCUCAAAGUAUUCAACACUCCAGUGUUGUAGUGUUUCAGAAGUGGAGGUUUCUUCAUUUUCUUGAAAUAUACAGUCUGAUUGAAUAAUAAUAAUAAUAAUAAGAGUAUAAGACUAUAUAUAAGUUGUUUUCUUUGUUUGAGGGGAAAGUAAAAUCAUUUGAUGCUCUGACUGUACUUGUGAUGUUGAACUUUGAGAUUUCACUGUAUUCCACUGAUGCAGUAAUUCUGCUGAAUUGUUAACUAAAUGUAAUCAAUCAACAUAGACUUUUUAGUGAGAAUUUAAGUUCUGUUUAUUGUAUUUUUAAGGGAUAAUUAUCUCAAAUAAUCUCACCUUUUGGAG